AUGGCGUUCGCUUCUUUUCUCGGAAGAGUCCUCUUCGCCUCCGUCUUCAUCCUCUCUGCUUACCAAGAAUUUCAUGACUAUGGAGUUGAUGGGGGACCUGCAGCAAAAGCAAUCAGACCGAAGUAUGAAGCCUUUAUAAAUAAAGUUGAUUCACAUGUUGGCUUCCAACUUCCAGAAAUUGAUAUAAAAUUUUUAGUUGCUGGGGCUAUUGGUCUCAAGGGUGUUGGAGGGAUUUUUUUCAUACUUGGCAGUUCGCUCGGAGCUACACUUCUGCUUUUGCACCAGGUGAUUACCACUCCAAUAUUAUAUGAUUUCUAUAAUUACGACCACGAGGACAAAGAAUAUAUUCAACUUUUCAUCAAAUUUACUCAGAAUAUGGCUCUCUUUGGGGCUUUAUUGUUUUUCAUUGGGAUGAAAAACUCCAUUCCUAGAAGGCAACCCAAGAAGAAGGUUCCCAAAACAAAAACCUACUAG